CGUUCAUUCCUCCCACGUCAUGGCUGCGCGUUGCUUCUCUGUUGCGCGUAAAGCUCCUGAUAAAGCAGCCUGAAAACGUUUUUAACAUGUGCAGAAAGUUCAGGAGGGGCGAAGGGUUCAGCAAAGCAGUUUAAAAGCGCGACAGGCAGCUUUUUUUUGGGGGGGGGGGGGCAUGAAAGCUGCUGAGAGUCAGUGGAGCUGCAGGCCUGGAGCAGCAGCAGCAGCAGCAGCGGAGGCUAAAGGCUAAAGCAGCUCACAGGCUGUAAUCCCCGGAUGAAACCAUCAUGGCUGCCACUCGCUGAGCUGUCAAGCUCUCCACAAAAGAGGAAAGAUAGCAGAAGAAACAUGGACGUCUGCACAGCCUCCUCCAGGGGCCACGCAAAGCGCCGCGUCGGCAAGAAGAAUAGAAACUGGCACGGACGGCUCCACCUCAGGAAAGCCGUCGUUCAGCCCCCAGCUAUGCAAAGCCCAGAUAAGCACGGACCAAAGAAGACAGCCAAGCGGUGGGAGCCGACCGCCGCGUGGCCCCCGUCGACGGAGCCUCCGCAGGAAGCCGGCGUGGCGAGCGACGGCGGAGGCGCGCUCCGGUUCCCCUGCUCUCGGUGUGCGGACGCGUCGGAGUACGCGCCCAGAGACCUGGUGAGGCACUUUGUGGAGAAGCACCGCGGGAGCCCGCCGGUGUUCCCCUGUCACCGGUGCACCUUCAGCGCCCGCGAGUUCUCCUACCUUCAGGUGCACCUGCUGAGCCACGAGGACACCUUCUCCAGCUGCAGCAUGUGCGGGGACAACGUCCAGCGCACGUGGCCCGAGUUUAGCGCUCACCUGGCGACGCGCCACUGCUCGGACGGCAGCUACUCGUGCGGGACGUGCGGGAAAUUCGCCACGUUCGACCUGCGGGAGUUCCUGGAGCACGUGUGCAAGCACAACCCAAGCGUCGGCGCCGUUGACGGACGGGACAAGGACCGGCUCCCGGGCCCUCCGGCGCCAUGUUGCCAGUUCUGCGGCUUCGAGCCCUCCGGGAAAUGGCUGGCGAAGAACCGCGUCAGAGGCGCCCACGUCUGCCAGAACGGUGACCAGAGGAAGGACAGGAGGCAAGUUCACUCCGUGGCGACGAAAGCGAGCGACCCGCACCCCAGGGCGAAGACGAGGCUGACGAGGAGUACCGUCCGGGACACCUGCUGGUUGACGCACGACUGCCUGUCUCUCCCGGGGAAAGAGUUUCUGGGUAAAUACUGCCAUCUGUCUGAUCCCCAAACCACGUUAGAGGAGACCCAGGAGUUCUUGAUGCAGUCCGUGGCCGGGGAAACCGACGACCAGAAGUGGACCAAGGCUCUCCAGUCGGUUCUGUCCAACGUUCCUCAGAAAAGCCCGGAAAAUGGCGUCGCGGCGGACCUCGCCGUCCUCACCGUCAAGAACAAGAUAACAGUGGCGCAGAACGGCGGCGCUUACCCCAAGAGGCUGAAAGUGACCCCCGCCGACAAGGACGUCGCACGUCCCGAAGGCGAGGGCGACCGGAGCGGUCCGGAUUUGAACCGGAAACGUUUGGCGCCGCAGGCCGACGGCGAACCCCGCGACGACUGCUCCACGUCCGGAGAGAAUCGCAAAUCGACAACCGGCUCAGAAAUCCAGGAGAACGGUCGGGAACCGGAGGAGCCUGUGGAGGUGGAGGGCACCUGCAAGUCGAGGGGUUUGAAGUUGACGAGCGAGGGCGAGGCGAAGGCGUCCGCCGGCAGACUCUUGACGAAGGGCAAGGCACAAAAACGGCGACGGAGGAGAAGGGCCAGAUUUAAAAAAGCGCAAAGAAGAUCGGCUAUACAGGAGAAGCAGUGGGUUCCUCAAAGCUCUUCGCCUCCACAGGAUGAGGCUCACCUGGUGGGAAUUGUCCAACCGGAGCACCGCGUCGACCAAAACUGCACCCAAGGUCCCCCGGCAGACUCCGCUGACCCGUCCGAACACGCCGCAGUCUGUCAGUCUGAAGACAAACGUGACCCGCUCGAAAGCUUUCCACCGACGCGUCAGCGGGCUCCGGACGGCGUGGAGGAGUCACGGGAGUCCUCCGAUGAAAGCACGUCUGACGAGGGAGCGGAGGAGGCGCAUCCACCGGCGGCAUCGGGGACUCCUCGUGAGGAUCUGCCGCUCCAGGAAUCCCGCCGGAGCUCAGAGGGCGAAGGAUCAGAGGAGAGGAGAGGCGCCACUGCCGGCACGCCACACGAGGAGGUACAUUUGGUACACUCCAGCCUCGAUGAUCCCACGGAGCAGCGCCACCAGAUUGCUGAAGGGUUAAGAAACGAAGAGGUGCCGGCACCCCCCAGCCCCCGUCUCCUCCAACAGGAGCCCUCGCCGGCCGCCGGCCGCCAGCGGCAGCCGCUCCCCAAACACCAGCAGAGGACCCUGAAGUUGGUCGCCAUAAACUCCUCCCAGCCGGUGAAGCGACCGGCGGGAGACCAGCCAGUGGUGGUGCUGAACCACCCGGACGCCGACAUCCCCCAGGUGAGCCGCAUCAUGGAGGUGGUGAACAGGUACAGGGAGGUUCGGAAAGUCCUGCUCUCCCGGCGGACCCUGAGGGCCCUCUCCGCCCCGGGCGGCGAGGCCCCGGAGGCGGACGACGACGACGCGGCGGCGGCGGACCAGGGGGAGAUCUCCGUGCAGGAGAGGUUCACCCUGAGGCUGAAGUUCCGCAGGCUGAGCAGGAAGAAGUACGAAGUGGUGGGCGUGGCGUCGCCGGGGCGGGACGCCGCGGCCAGGUUCUCCUGCUGGUUCUGCGGCAGGGUGUUCACCAGCCAGGCGGAGAUGAUGGCGCACCGGCAGCGGCAUCUGAUGGACUGGAAGAAGCCAAACUGUGAAUAGUCUCACACACUGGAUGGAGAAAAAACAAAAAAACAAUAAAAAAUUAAAUCUGGAAAAAGGAAAAAUAAUGUUGGAAACAGUUUUGCUAGGUCUUAUUUGGGAUUUGGUGAAUUUAUUUUUCUAUAAACUGAUGAUGCUUCCUGGAAGGUUCACAUCCUCAGGGUAAACGCUUACUUUUUUUUUUUUUUUUUUUUUUUACCCCUCAUCCAGCUCAGCUCAGCGCAAAGUAUUUUGUUGAUUGGUAAUUAUUUGUUGGCCGUGUAUAUAUUUAGUUAAUUUUUAUAUAGUUUUUGUCUCCUUCAAGGCUUUAUUUAAGGUGAUUUAGGUACACUGUUAUGUGGAAUCGUUUAUUAAGACACUGUAAUCUCUUCCUUUUGCCAUACCAGCUGUUUUUCGGAGCAGAUUACGUACGGGUAGGCUAUACAGUGCGGUAGCUGUCAUAUUUAUGGUAUUGGAGGCGGAGAGCUGUAAGUUACUCAGAUAUACCAAAUCUGUGUGUGUGUGUGUAUGUGUAUGUAAAAACAACAAAAAAAGUCCAAUAAGCUGUUUUUAUUUCAACAUUUAUUUAUCCUGCUUAGGUUUAGUCUGUCAACGCUUCUUGUAUGCAUCAUCUUUGGACGUCGAAAGGAAUCGUUGUAUUUCUCAAUUCUUUUGUAUAAACUUCGAAUCGUGCUCAGAAGAUAUAUUAUUUACUGUGAGAGCUCUAUUUUUCAUGCACGCAUGACGUGGACGGUAACAUCCCUGGUCGCCAGACUGUUUUUGUUUCCUGAUGUCCAAAUUUACAAAAACGAAGAAGAAGAAGAAAAAAAGAUUUAACAAAUUUUUUUUUUUUUUUUUACCUAGAAGAUUUGAGGUUCCGUUGCUUUGGACUUUAAAAGAUGCUAAUUGUUGAAUUGCACUAUGAAAGGAGGAUUUGUUUCUCGUCCCCCGUUACCUCACCUUAUUAGGCCUUAGCCUUUUUUGACAAUCUCAAAUCGGUGUCCUGCUGUGGCCUCGGUCUCUCCUUAAUGCAGCCAGUCUCCUGUAUUAGAAUGGGGAAAUGUGUGCAAAAAAAAAAAAAAAAAAAAAACCCCAAAAUGUGUGAUUUAAAAAUGUUUUAACUUAAUUAUCCUCGUAUAUGGCCCCGCUGUAGGUGCUGUAAAUUUUUGUUUUAUACCCUGAGAAUACUCGCCCAAGUGCCUGAUGAUUAUUACUAUGCAAUAAAUCUACAUGGGUGUGAUAGCAUUACUUAUGGAACAAAGAAUGAAACAUGCUGUUUAUUUUUCUCUCUCUCUAUCUCCCUGUUUUUUAAUGGGUGAGUGAUAUGAACAGAGUCAGACAAUAAGACACAUUUUUUUUAUUUAAACAUUUACAUUAACUGUUAAAAUAAAGAGUCGACCUCCCUCUCGCUGCAGCGACGGCGUGUCAUUCCUUUUCCUGCCUGAUCAUGAAAAAACAACAAAAAACCCUAAUAAAACACAAGUUAAACAGUC